UAUCAAAAUUAGAUACUAUUAUUAAUGAAAAUAAUAGAUAAUACAUUUAAUAUUUAAGAUGAAAAUGGACUUCCACGCAGGACAAACAAAUCCGAUGAAAAUAGAAGAAUACAAUGCAAUAGUGGAAGAUUUUACUAAACUUUCAUCAUUCACUAGAAAAAUGGAAAACGAACUUAAAAGAAAAUAUUGUCAUAUACAACCUCAUACCUUGGGGAGUAUCAUAUCAUUAUUAAUACAAAGAUCUAUGAAACAGAACUACAGAAAAUCCCCUGCAAUAUCAUCUAAAUAUCAAGAGCUUUAUGAAGUUGCUAUGAGAGAUGAUACCAAAGAAAAUGUUAUCUUAAAGCUCUCUGAGAGUCAAGGUAUCAGUCCAGCACUUUUUGCUAGGUCAUUGCUACAAGGAGUGUUCUCAGACUCAACUAUAUCAAAGAAAUAUAUUAAGGACACAACAUUGAUUGAGAAUAAAGAUCUAGCUUACCAAGUUUUUAUGGGAAUUAUGAAUGACAAUCAAUAUGGACCUUAUGCGGAUGUGACAAAGCAGUCAAUUGGCUUGGAGUAUGAGUUAAGACUAGAACGAGAGUUAAGGUUAAUGAAUAUUACCUUUUCUGAUGAAAAUGUGCUACGUUCGAGAGGAUAUGAUAAAACUCCUGACUUCAAAUUGGAUGUACCCAUCGCUGUUGAUGGUUUUGUUAUCAAUUGGGUUGAAAGCAAAGCUUUAUUUGGGGAUGAAGAAAAUCAUUCUGGUUAUCUUAAAGAACAGUUAUUGUGUUACUGGAACAGAUUUGGACCCGGUUUAGUGAUUUAUUGGUUUGGUUAUUUAGAAACAUUAGAAUCUACUCCAGAAGUAAAUAAAAUGUUCAUAUUACGUACAAGUUUUCCAGAUAAAUCUAGCAUAACUCAAUAUAAACCAGAUAUAUUAUAAGGUAUAGGUGUAAAUUUUUCAUGUAAAAAUUCUGUAGUGCUAAAAAUGUCUUAAGCAAAGUAAAUUCAUUUAUUUUAAUGUACUGAAUAAAACUAUGCUAGAAGCUGGGGUACUUAGAAAACUGAAUGGGUUUUGUUAUACUCAAAGCAAUCUUUAUUGACAAUGCUGAGAAUAAUAAAUUGAGAAAAUCGAAUCUCAAAACAGUGCCGAAUAUCAUUCCACACCCUAGCAGUUAAUAUGCGCCAGUUUUGGUCAUUUACUAUCUUCAAGUACAUGUGCCGCACUUUAUAACUCCUUUGUAUCGCUUUCCACUUGUAUAGCAUCGUUUGUCGUUAUCGUUGGUAAUUAUCCCUUAUAGCGUGAACCAGCGAUAGAUAAGACUCUUUUGAUGCGUAUAAAGUUUGGACCGUCGGAAUACUGACUAUUGCGGAGUUUGAAUAUAGACUUGCGCAAAACAUCACUUCCCAAUGUAAUGUGAUAUGACAUCACUUUUACAGACAGGUGAUAUUACUC